AUGAAGAAGAUGCAGAAUCACAUGCUUAAAUAUGGAAUGAUCCCUGGAGAUAGAGGAUUAAAGCAGCCAAAAGUUAUGCCUGGAAGAGGAAGGGCUAAAUCUAAAAAAAUAGGGAGAGGAAAGCUGCCGUCUUCACCCCAAGAGUUCCCUCUUCAAGAAUUCCCUCAGCAGCAAGUUAACCCUUUCCCUUCUCAAAUAUUAGCCCAGCCUCAGCCAGUACCAAUAAAUUUCGAUAUCAGAGCCUAUGAAAUUGCUCUACCAGAAUCCAAAAAAAGUAUGCUAGGAGCAGUGCUGUACCCAGUUGUGCUGAUGAAUUCGAACUCAAAGAUUGCAGGGAAGAUCACUGAUAUGCUUUUGGAAAUGGAAAAUGAAGAACUUUUAUCAUUAUUUAAUAGCCCACAUGAAUUAAAACUUAAAGUUGAAGAAGCUAUUGAUGCACUGAGAAGAGCUUAA